UUUUAGAUUGAGAUCUUGUCUAAGUUGUACCGAAUUGAAUAAGUUUCUUCUCACUGGUGGCCUCAAAAAAACACGCGUAUCUUCUACUUAUAUGGAGUUAUGUAUCGACAUCAAGCUAUUAGAUGGGUGUAACAGCAUGUAGUGGGAACAUGGGUAUGGUCACUCAAGUUUCGAAAAAAAAAAUAUUUCCUUUAAUUCCAUUUGCAACGUGACAAAAUAACUUUUUUGGGAAUCAGACUGAAAUUAAGUCAUUAAGAUUUCUCUUUCUAUUUGUGUUUAUUACUUUUUAUUUACGAAACAUGGAAUUUAAGAUAACUGAUCCCCUGCUAAACUGUUUUUUUAAGCUUUGAAUAUUUCUUAGCUACUUUUAUUGUCCCAACUGUUUAAUAGAAGGAAAUUGUUGAGAAAAUUAGGAAAUCAUCUUCUUUUCUUUUUUAGUUUUGAAGGUUUUAAGCUUUAAACAGACAAUAUGGAGAGAGGAGAAACAUCCUUAAUAGAAGUUAUUGACUAUUUUGGCUACGGAAGCUUUUCAUUAAAACUUACAGUUGUGGUUGGCUUUCUUUGGUUUCUUGAUGGCAUAGAGAUAACAUUGAUAUCAUUGUUAGCUCCUCAACUAAAAUGUAAGUGGAACUUGACCUCCUUUCAGGCUGCCAUGACUUCAGCCAGCGUAUUUAUUGGUAUGGCUAGUGGUGCAAUAUUUUGGGGUAAACUUGCUGAUAAGUUAGGUCGGAAACCUUUUUCGAUUCUUGGAACAGCUGUUAUUUUUUAUUUUGGUUUGCUUACUACAAUGACAUAUAACUUUGCAUGGUUCAUGGCGAUGCGUUUCUUUGUUGGAAUUGGCCUUGGCAGUAUCAUAUUAUCGCCAAUUUAUGUUACUGAAUUGAUCAGCAGACGCUAUCAAGGAAAGGUUAUGCUUGGUAUACAGUUCUUCUUCGCCUUCGGGAACUUUUACGUUGCAUUUCUUGCCUAUGCAGUGAUGAAUAGAUUCGGAUGGAGAGUAUUUGUUUUCCUUGCUGCAACACCAAUUGCAUUUACAUUCCCUUUGUUCAUCUGGCUUCCUGAAUCAGUGCAUUACUUGGAAAACAUUGGGGCUGUUGACAAAAUUAUGAAAGUUUUACGUGUGAUAUCACUGGAACACAAAAUGCGUGUUCCAAAAAACAUAGUAUUCCGCAAACGCGUCAAGGAUAGAGGAAGCUUAUCGAAAGUGUUUGUUAAAAAAGACAGAGGAAAUAGUUUACUGCUGAUAUUUCUUUUUGUUUUUGUUAUGGUAACAUAUUUCGGUGUCGUCCUUUUAAACACAGAGCUGGAAGAGAAAUCAGGAUAUCACAAAGAGACGGGUACCUGCCGCAGCCUAACAGAUAGGGAAUAUCUACAGAACAUGUUUGUUGUGUUUGGUGAAGUACCUGGCUUGCUGGUUUUUAUGUUGGUCGUGGACAAAGUGUCUCAUAAAACAGCCUUCCUUUCUGCUUUCGCGAUAAUUUCAGUAGGUUUGCUUGUCUUGUGGAAGUUUUACACUUCCAUUUAUGUAAGAACGUUUGUUAUGUUUAUCUUGAGAGGGACAGCAACAUCAUCACUUCAAAUAGUUUGGUUAUAUAGCGCAGCAAGCAGUCCCACAAGCUAUAGGGCCACAUUGUUGGGACUAUGCAGCGGAACUGGGCGUUGGGCAUUGAUAUUUGUUCCUCUUUUAGUUCAAUAUUUGGUGCACGUAUCAUUUACAGGAACCAUAUUUGUUUUCAUUGCGAUCAACAUGUUGAGUAGUGCUAUUAUUUUGAUCAGAGAGAAGAAUGUUGCUUCGCAGAAAUCGUGACGAUUACUUUAAUGACAGAAAUUCCUGCAAACAGAAAUUACCGCAAACUGACAUUUUAGUCGCGAAAUUAACUCUUUGGAAAUAAAAAGUAGUUUAGUAAUUUCCAGUUACAAAUUAUCAUAGUGUUUUUCAAGAGUGUUUCUUUUCAAAGCAAAUAUAAAUACCUCAAGAGAA